AUGACAUUCUCAAAACAAAUAUUCUCUUUAUUCUUCCUCCUCUUCUUCCCUCUCCGACACGCCUCAAACCCUAGAAACGGUUCUUCAAACCCAAUUAGAUGUGGACCCUUAGAAGUCCCCAUUCGUUUCCCUUUCUGCGACCACGCGGGAUUCAAUCUCCAUUGCAACGAUCUCAAUAAAACAGUCCUCGAACUUCCAAUGUCCGGAACAUUUCUUGUCCAGGAUAUCGACUACAUAAACCAACAGAUUUAUAUCAAAGAUCCUGAAAAUUGUUGGCCUAAACGGCUAUCAACCUUUAAUAUUUCAGGAUCUCCUUUCUUUCAUCGCUAUGAUAUGUUCUACACGUUGUUGGCUUGUCCUAAUGAGGUCGUGUCGCCGUCUUGGUAUCCGUCCAUUCGUUGCCUAAACACUUCAACUUCCACCUUCUUCGCCACCAAUAAUUCUGAUCUCGCAAAGUCUAUGCUUCCUUCUUGUAAGAUCGUGGAGAUAUUGCAUGUUCGGGCUAAUUCGCGGUUCAAAGAAAUAGGAUUCUCGAGUUACCUCAACAGUCGAAGCCUCACGUUGGAGUGGAACUCACCUAAUUGCAAAGAUUGUGAGGUAGAUAACUUGAGAUGUGGAUUCAAGAACAAGACCUCCCUCGAAGUCGAAUGCUUUGAUGCUAAGAAACCCGGUACGGACUCAAUUGGGUUUUUAUGUUGUUCUUCUUAUUUCCUUAUGAUCCAAGAAAACUCCAUUUAUGCUACGGAUGAAGAAGAGGUUGCCUGUUUUGGAUGGAAAAUUUCAACUCCAAGUAAUCUUUAG